AUGGUAUCUAAUAAUAAUCAUAAUGGUAAUGGCAAUUGUAAUAGAAGCGGUAGUGGUAAUGGUAAUGGUAAUGGUAUUGGUAAAAGUAAUGGUGAUAAUAAUGGUAAUGGUAAUAGCAAUGAUUAUUAUAAUUACAACAGAAAUGGCAAUGUUCUUUUGAAUGGUAAUGAAAAUGGUAAUAGUGGAUGUAAUGGUAAUGGUAAUAGUAUUGUUAUAAUUGUGGUAAUGAUAAGAAACACGAGUAACAUACCAGUACAAACAACAAACACACUGAACAAAAAGAAUACACAAAACAACUUGAAGCAUAACAGCAGCGACAGCACAGUCAAAAUAGCGUCAACUGUGGAAAUCACGAGACAAGUUGAAUGGAAUCGAGUCGUGGCCGCUGACGAUGACGAUGACGAUGACUGCGAAGAAGACAGCCAAAACGACGGAACAAGCUGUAGAACAGAGCCCAUAAAUCUUGAAAGACGCAGCACUGCUAGUGUUUGA